AUCCCCCUCAACGACGAUGCGCAAGAAAAGGGCCAGCGGAUGAACAACAGGAAAGCUCUUCAAGAGAAGCAGAUAAACGAGAUCAAAAGGGCGGCCACACCACGGAGGAGCCUUGCGCGGCUGGAAGACUUGGAAAAUGCUUCGCAAGGCGGCACACCUCGAGGGGGCAGGGGGUUGGUGGACGACGAGGAUCCCAUCAUGGUCGGAGGAGUGUCAGUGACGCCCAUGAAGCGCGUUCCCCUUUUGGCCAACUUUGAGGAGUGGAUGAAGAUGGCCACCGACAACAAGAUCAACGCCACCAACUCGUGGAACUUUGCCCUCAUCGACUACUUCCACGACAUGUCCCUGCUCAAGGAAGGUGACGGUGUGAACUUCCAGAAGGCGAGCUGCACACUGGACGGUUGUGUCAAGAUCUACACGAAUCGAAUCGACAGCGUCGCAACCGAGACUGGCAAGCUCCUGAGCGGCCUUGCAGACAGCAACAACAAAAAGAAGGAUCGCGAUGCUGAAGACGGGGCUGCCGAAGGCGAGGAGAGCGAGGAAGAGGUCGAUGAAAAUGGCAAUGUCAAGAAGAAGACGAAGAAGAAGGUACAGAGAUCGUCCGAGGCAACACUAGCGCCAUCAUUUGCCUCCCUACAGCUCAAGAAAUUCGAACUCGAAUUCGCCGUCGAUCCCCUUUUCAAGAAGGCCUCCGCCGACUUCGACGAGGGGGGUGCCAAGGGCCUGUUACUUAAUCACCUCAUGAUCGACUCGCAGGGCCGCAUUGUCUUCGACAGCAGCGAUGAUGCUGGUGAUGCGGACGACAAGAAGAAAGAGGGCCAGCUAGAUGAAGAUGGGAACGAGGAAGAUGACGGAGGUCCCGAGCAAAACGCCACCGACGACGUGAAGAUUGACGUUGCAGCUCUCGCCCAACGGUUCUUUCCUGAUCUAAGCCUGCUAGACGAACUUGAUAUCUGCCCUUCAUUGAAGAGUUUCGAACUGGGAGAUCCCUCCGGCUCCAUGGAUAUCCCCUUUCUCAAGGCUCCGGAAGACUGGAGACAAGACCAGGACAAGGACAAGAGCUUCGGCGCCCGGGGUGAUAAAUCUGGCAUGUUCAUCGACGAAGAUGCGCCAGCCGGCUUUGACGACGACGACCUGGGCCUGGGGAAUUUUGACGCUGCCGGUGAUGUCGCUUUCGGCGAGGGUGGUGAAGCCUGGGCUCGUGAGGCUGCUCUCGAGCCUCAGAUGCGUGUAUAUGACGCGGGUCUAGAUGGCGCCGAAGGCGGAGACGGGGAGGGUUUCGAUGAAAAUGGCGAGUAUAUCGUGUCCAUGGGCAACUCGCAGAAUGCCGACAAGGUGCAUCAAGAUAUCCUGAGCUUUUUCGACCAGGCAUUACAGAAGAAUUGGGCCAGUGCGGAACAUUGGCGGAUUCGCAAGAUCAAAGACGUCAACAAGCCAGCAGGAGAGUCGAAGAAGCGCAAGGAGAAGGAGCCUUUCGAGAUUGAUUUCCAUGCGCCCCUUAGCCCCAGCCAGUCCGAUGUCAUCUACACUCAAGCCUCCAGCAACUCAGCGGUCUGUCUGCCCAAGAAGGAUUGGAAAUCAAAAUCCCGGAACCUGCUGCCUGACGACAAGCAUUUCACCUCCAAGGUCUUGCUGAAUCUCUUCCUCAAACCCAAAUCACGCCUGGCUGAGAGACGGACCAAAUUCGGUGCGCGCACGGGUGGCCAAGGCUAUGGCGCUCAGGAUAGCAAUCAUCAACCAGCAGGGGAACUGGAUGAGGCGUUUUGGGCACAGCAGAAGGCCCCCGAGGAUAAUGCCCUGCCUCAAGGGGAUUACGACGCCGACUUCUUCCAGGAUGACGGUCUGCCGUUCCCCGGCGGCGAUGACGCAGAUGACGAUGACCUAGAGUUCUCAGACGCCCGAGAACAUCUGUCACCAGGAGCUGAAGGGGAUGCGGGCAUGACAGAAGGCAUUGGGAUGACGGCCCUGCUAAACGGAGAGACGAUGAAUACCAUGGGCGCCUUUGGCACGACGCUCAUCACCCAGACACGCCGUGUGCGUCCCGAAUACGUCCAAUAUGCGAGGGUCGCCAAGAAGGUGGACGUGCGCCGCCUCAAGGAGAACCUGUGGAAGGGCCUGGAAGAGUUAGAUGUAUGUAAACCCGCCGAGCAGCCGCUGUCAGCCUCGACUGGGCCGACAAUGUCGCCGCCAAGCUCAGGGGAGGAGACCACCCUCAAGUUCACCGAGGUGAUGAACUCGCUGCAGUCAGUGUACCCCAAGCCUGUCAUGGCCGAUAUCUCCACGUCGUACUGCUUCAUCUGCUUGCUUCAUCUGGCCAACGAAAAGGGGCUUGUCAUCGAAAACACGGAGGGACUGAACGAGCUGGAUAUUCGAAGAGACUGGACGGCAGAAAUCACAGAAGGU